GGCCGGGGCCGGGGCCGGGGCCGGGGCUGUGCGCUGGUUUCUCCCACCCUCCUGGAGGAAGAUGCGGCGGGGCUUUGUCCAGAGGCUCGGUGGGCUGUGAGACCUUGUGACAGUGGUCAGGGGCAGGCUGUGGGGCCGUGGGUGGGUGAUGAAGGGGCCGUGGGGCCUGUGCAGGGCGCUGCAGGAGGGGCUGGGGGUGGAGGCAGUAGAGGGGACAUGUCCUGUGUCAGGGCUGUGGGGCCACUUGAAGAACCAUGGUGGAAGGGAACCUGGGGCACGUAAAGAGAUGCAGCUCUGCCUGUGGUUGGGGCUGUUGGGAGAUGCUGGAGGGCCCAGAAGAGUUGCCCAGGCUGAGUGCCAUGCAGACAGCCCAGGAGACCAAAUGCUGUCAACAGGUGCUGUGCACGAGUGGGGGGAGAGCAAGAGCCAGGCCCCAGGCUGAGGUAAGGCCUCUCUUGGUGAAGACAACAGCUGCUGAGCUGGAGCCCGUGACACCUGUGGACCUUCCCCUUGAAGCCCUAGUGCAGUCUGAGGUGAAGAUGGAGGAGCAGGACCCAGCAGGCCUUCAGGCAGGAGAUGAGGGGCCAGGAAAAGUCCCUCAUGUAAUUCAAGGUGGGACCAUUGGGGUGUCCUUGAAAUGGUCAGCACCCCAGCAAGUAAAGCAGCAGCUGCAGGAGAAGCUGGUCCAACACCAGGAGAUCCAGAGGCAGGAGGUGAAGCAGACCAUGCAGCCCCCUUCUGAGGCCAGGCUGCCCUUGGCAACCCCACAGCUGGCACCAGGGGAUGACUUCCCCACCACAGAGACCUGGCGUCAAUGCUUCCGGGGCCUCCGCUACCAGAAGGCCAAGGCACCAUGGGAAGUUUGCAGCUGCCUGUGGGAGCUCUGCCAGCGCUGGCUGGAGCCCCAGCACCGCAGCAAGGAGCAGAUCCUGGAGCUGGUGGUGCUGGAGCAGUUCCUGGCCAUUCUGCCCCAGGAGAUGCAGAGCUGGGAGUGGAGAUGUGGUGUGGAGACCUGCGCCCAGGCCGUGGCCCUGGCUGAGGAGUUUCAGCUGGGGAAGGUGGAGAAUGAGAAGCUCCAGGUCACAGUGAAUGUGAAGGUCAAAGAGGUGUCCUCAGACAAGAUGCAGCCCACUGGGGUACUGCAGAAACCUGUUGAUUCCUGGCUGGAGCAGCCAAAGACCUAUCCUGUGGACGUGCCUCUGGAGGAAGCAGAAAAGAGGGAGACUCCAGGGCCUCAGGCUUUCCCCAACACCAAGGAGACAUGGGACUGGUCAACAGAUGAAAGCUUCUCAGGCUGGUGCCCCAGACCUGGCCCUUCCCCAGCAGAAGCAGGUUCAGAGACCCAGAGUAGAGCUGAUCAGCCACCCCCUGAGGAAGGGCCUAUAAAUCUGGAGCUGCAGAGGACUUCCCCAGUGGUCCUGGGGGAGAGGGGCUCCUUGGCAUCUGAGUUGGGCCAACUGCAAAAGGAGCAGGGCAGGCCUCCAAAGCAAAGGGAGAGCAUGGAGCUCCAAGAGGUCUUUGAGGAUGUGGCAGUGUAUUUCACAUGGGAGGAGUGGGAGCUGCUGGAAGAUGAAGACAAGGUGCUUUACUGGGACCAGAUGCUGAAGAAUUACCGAGCCCUUGUUUCCCUGGGAUAUCGAGGUCCCACACCUGACUUAAUCUGCCACAUCCAGCAAAAACAAGUGGAGCUCUGGGUCUGUGAUGUUGAGAACUAUGGGGAAAUCUCAAGUUUGGAGGACCUGGUGCCAGAUUCCUGUGACGUGGAAGCCACCUGUGCCUUGUCCGCAGAGGAAAGCUUCAUGAGCUCAUUCUCUGCACCAGACCUUUCUCUGGAAGCAGGAGGUUCCUGGCUGCUAAAUAGAGCUGAUGAGCAGCCUCCUGAGGAAGAGCCUGAAAACCUGGAGCCACCACGGACUUCCCCAAGGAAUUUGGGUGAGAUGGACUCCCUGAGACCUGAGAAGGACCAAUGGCACAAGAGUCAGGGGAGGCCCCAAAAGCAGAAGGAGAAUUUAGCAGUGGCCCAGAUACCAUCUCCAGUUGGGCAUGAGAGUGGAGAAGAUACAGACCCCAGAAAGGCCCCUGGGUGCAGGGGAGACCUGAAGAGCCAGAAAGCAAAGUUCCACUGGAGAGAGACAUUGCAUCAAAACCAAGGCAGUGGGGUGGGCCUAAGAAGGAAGCAGCAGCUCACUGCCAAGCCCAGGGGGAGGGCCCACCCCUGCCCUGAGUGCAGGAAAACCUUUAACUGCCCAUCACUCCUGGUUUUGCACAAGAUAAGGCACACUAGGAAGAAGUCCCAUGUGUGUGCCCAGUGCGGGAGGACUUACACCUGCCUCUCGACCCUGGAUGCUCACCUCAAGAUCCAUUCUGGUGCCAUCUCCCAGCGCUUCAUCAAAUGUGGGAAGAGCUUUUUGUGCAGCUCGGACCUGGUCAAACACCAGCAUGUGCACAGGAAGAAGCAUCGGUACCGUUGUAUCCUGUGUGGUAAGACCUUCACCCAUUUCUUCUCCCUGGUUCAGCACCGGCGUAUCCAUUUGGGGAAGACAGUGCACCGCUGCACCAACUGCAGGAAGAACUUUAUCUGCUGGCAAGACCUGUCCCAGCAUCAGUGUGUGCAGAGGCAGAAGCAGCCACACCAGUGCACCAAGUGUGGAAAGAGCUUCAGGCAGCCCUCCAAACUGGCCAAGCACAGACACAUGCACACAAGGGAGAAGGCACAUCAGUACUCUGCAUGCAGUAAGGGCUCCACCUCCUCCUUCACUCUGGCCCAGUACCAGCUUAUCCACAAAGGAGAGAAGCCACAUCAGUGUUCUGAGUGUGGGAAGAGCUUCAGCCUCUCUUCCAGCCUGACCCGGCACCAGCGCAUCCACACAGGAGAGAAGCCACAUCAGUGUUCUGAGUGUGGGAAGAGCUUCAGCCUCUCUUCCAGCCUGACCCGGCACCAGCGCAUCCAUACAGGGGAGAAGCCACAUCAGUGCUCUGUGUGUGGGAAGAGCUUCACCCAAUCCUCCCACCUGGCUGAGCACCAGCGCAUCCACACAGGGGAGAAACCACAUCAGUGCUUGAAAUGUGGGAAGAGCUUUAGCCUGUCUUCCAGCCUGGCCCGGCACCAGCACAUCCACACAGGGGAGAAGCCACAUCAUUGCUCUGUGUGUGGGAAGAGCUUCAUCCAGUCCUCCCACCUGGCCGAGCACCAGCGCAUCCACACAGGAGAGAAGCCACAUCAGUGCUCAGAAUGUGGGAAGACUUUUAGCCUGUCUUCCAGCUUGGCCCGGCACCAGCGCAUCCACAUGGGGGAAAAGCCACAUCAGUGCUUGGAGUGUGGGAAGAGCUUUACCCAAUCCUCCCACCUGGCCGAGCACCAGCGCAUCCACACAGGGGAGAAGCCGCAUCAGUGCUUGGGGUGUGGGAAGAGCUUUGGCCACUCCUCCCACUUGGCAGAGCACCAGCGCAUCCAUACAGGGGAGAAGCCACAUCGGUGCCCAGAGUGUGGGAAGAGCUUCACCCAAUCCUCUACGCUGGCUCGGCACCAGCGCAUCCACACAGGAGAAAAGCCACAUCAGUGCUUGGAGUGUGGGAAGAGCUUUACCCAGUCCUCCUCCCUGGUACGACACCAGCGCAUCCACACAGGGGAGAAGCCACAUCAGUGCUCUGUGUGUGGGAAAAACUUUACCCUCUCCUCCACUCUGGCUCGGCAUCAACUCAUCCACACGGGAGAGAAGCCACAUCAGUGCUCUGAGUGUGGAAAGAGCUUCACCCAGUCUUCCCACCUGGCCCAGCACCAACGUAUCCACACCCGGGAACAUCCAUAGUUCUGCCAGCAAUGCAGGAAGGGCUUGUGGAUCUCUACCUGCUCAGCACCUACUGGUGGCUGCAUUCAGACAAGCAGACUCAUGCUGCUGGACUGCAGAAAGAGUUCAUGCACCCUUCUGUCCUUGUAGGGCUCUGCAGAACCCAAAGGACUCAGAGACUGGCCCCCAAGGUUUGUUUGGGGUGGAGAGGCUAAGUGAAAACACCUGGGACAGAGACCAGCCCAGAUGCUGGGGGAACCUAUGAGAAGACAAUCUUGGUAUCAGCCUUGGCAUCUUUGCAUUCCCCAUCAUUCCCUACAAGCAGCUGGUGCUCCUAAGGGGACAAGAAGUGCCUUCACAAUAGGUGCCCUUCGCAAGAUACUUGGAUGGUCCCAACACAGGGACUGUCCUUGACUGCCUCCCAGCUUUAUCCUUCCGCCUGGACCCAAGUUCUGGUAUGUGAGGUUCUUGAGUUGCAGGAAGGAGUACAUUUAUGGCAAGAGAAGCAUUCCCUGCCCUCCACCCUGAAUUCACCUUCCUCAGCACCACAUAAUCCCUCUCUCAGGUCUGCCCAUGUCCAUUGGGUGUCUGCAAGAACCUGAUAUUGCCAUCCCUUGAACCAGUUUUCAGCCUAUCUCCAUACUCUGCACCGCUGGGUGCCUGCUGCUCCCCCUACCCUCCUUCCCUUCAUUGCAUUUUCCAUAAUGCAUUCUCUGCUAAGAAAGUCCCAGACCUGAACAUAAUAUCCCUGUGGUUGGUCUCUUUGCCCCUUCCAGAAAUGGGAACAGACCAGGGACCAGAACCCUUACCCCCACAGAUAUCUCCAGUUUCCCAGCCCCUUCCCUUUUCAGAGGAUUCACUGCAAUCAUAGAUUUCAUAGACAUUAGGGCUGGAAGGGACUUCAGGAGAUUAUCAAGUUCAGCCCCCUGCCUCAAGGGCAGGAAGUCAGAUAGAGUCAAAGGAUCCCAGCAAGAUAAACGUCCAACCGCUUCUUAAAGGAGUCCAGAGUAGGUGCUUGCACCACCUCUGGAGGAAGCCUAUUCCCGGCCUUGGGAGUUUGGACAGGUUUUCCUUAUGUCCAGCCUAAAACGGUCUUGGAGGAGUUUGUGACCAUUCAUCCUUGUCAUCCCUUAGGGCGCUCUGGUGAACAGACAUUCCCCCAGAUCCUGAUGCACACCCCUUACGU